UCUCUCUCUCAGGUAUGAUCUGGCUCUCUCUUGUCUCUGAGCUCGCCUCCAUAGCUCUCCUCUCUCUCAGUUUUGUUCUGUUCCUGGCUCAGCUCAGUGCUUCUGGUCUCUAUGCUGGCAGUUCUGUCUGUGGACUCAGACUCAGCUCUUUCUCUGCGGUCUUCACUGUGCUGUCGGGGUUGCUCGGGAUGGUCGCUCACAUGAUGUACACGCAGGUGUUUCAGGUCACGGCUUCUCUGGGUCCUGAAGACUGGAAGCCGCACAGCUGGGAUUUCUCCUGGGCUUUCUACCUCGCUUGGGCCUCGUUCACCUGCUGCAUGGCGUCAGGGAUCAGCACCCUCAACGAUUACACCAAGACUGUCAUCAUGAAAAGGGGCGGGGCCAGACCGGAGGAGGGGGAGGAGCCAGGGGGGAAGAUCGCAGACUUUUACCAGCCGGCCCCACCCCCCUCCCUGCCCUGCCUCUCCACCCUCAGCCCUUAUUACCAGCCCCCCCGAUGCCCCCUCCCUGCCCCCGGUCUCUGCAGCGAGCUCAGAGAGGCGGUCCUCCAGCGGGAGUCCUCCCAGGAGCAGGAGGGUAUCCCACAAUCCUCUGGGGGCGAGGAGCUGUUGUGAGGCGGUAGGAAACUGCGACCCCUGUGGCGGCCAUUUUGGCUCUGUGCUCUGUAGUGUUUAAUAGUAUUGGAGCUCCGUGUUGGAGCCGCAAUGGCACAGUUUCAGAUUGUAUUGAGAUAGAGGCGCAGAUAACUGUACUGUUUAAUAAAGCUGGUUGAGCCGGA